AUGUCACAGAACGAGAAUACUCUCAAAGGACCCAACCCUCCAAACAUAGAGUGUAUCGACAAGUUUGGCAACACGGCCCUGCACUGCGCCUCCUACCGCAGACAGAAAGAGGCUGCUGUCAUGCUGUUACAGAACGGGAUUAACCCUGCUAUUAAGAACAACCAAGGUCAAACAGCUGCUGAGAUGGCGCGGACGGCAUCCAUGAGGCAAAUCCUGGAUGUCCAGCCAGUCAGGGACAUCCUGAGGGGGGUCCAGAGGUUUGAGGGGGCCCUGUUGAAGAGAUCUCGUCUGCGGGGUUGGAAGUCGAUGUGGGCUGUCUUGGAGAGGGGUGUUCUUACAUACUUCAAUAGCAGGGGAGAUGCUACCACAGGUGUGAAGAGAAAGGGUUUCAAGUAUUUGGAUAAUGCCAAAAUAAAGCCAGAAGAAAGAAGCCUGAUCUUCACCAUAGUGUUCUCAGACUCCACCAAGCAUACACUGGCAGUGCAACCUGAGACCACAGAGGAAGCUUCUGUCAUACAACUACAUAAAUGGAUGAACAAUUUAGGCAGCCAUAUUGCCUACAGCACUCACUACAUCAACCAGGGUACCCAGAUAGUGGAUGAAGAUCUGGAAGAUCUCGUGCCUCUGGGAACAAUGGAGGAUGCUUUACAGACUGCCCAGGCUCACCAGAUGGCGCUAGAAAGGCACAUCACCAAUGCAGCGGACAUGUUAGAACAUGUCGAACAAUCAAAAGAUGGCGCCACCAGCAGUUUUGUACAGUCAGUUCCCUCACCCACACCCAAACAUUCCAAGAGAGAUGCCAGACUUGGCACAGUCCAACAUGUCCAGCUCCUGUCACAGUUCCAGCAGAUAGGGACAGCCUCCAAAGACAUGUGCAAUGCCUUGACCCACUGUAUGACAUUGUUUAAACAGCAAGAGGAGCUCCGUAAAGUUCAACUACAACAAGAGAUGGAGAAGACGCGGGUGCUGCAGGAGGCGCUGCACGCACUCGCGACAGAGCACCACGAGCUAGAGCACACAUUCCAGCGCUCCAUGUCACCAGCAAGAUAUUACGACACAGAUGAUGAUGAAUUUUAUGACUGUGAUGAGGGUGAAGAAGAGAGAUCUGGACGUUUUUCGGUAACAGAUGAUGAGACUACCAGCUUCAGCAACUCCACCUACAGUAUGGCUCCAGAACCUAACAAUCACAAGAUGGCGCCACAGUACAAAUGGAUGCCCUACACAAACUGGGGAGGAAGUGGUGGAACUGUUUUUGUCAACUUUACACCAAACUGCAACCCUUACACAUCCAAGGCAAGCAUGGAAUAG